UCCAGGACACAGGAAAGGUCGAAUUGUCGCAGUUAUUGAUUUGGGGUAUUUUGUCAAAUAUCUAUUGUUCACAACUUCAUCAAAUAUAUUCUAAUAGCUGGCAUAAACAGAACAAUACGGUUUUAAUUUCAACAUGAAACGUACAGUCUAAUGUUCAGAUGAAGUUACCAACAAGUUUUGUAGUUGUCAGUGCGGUGGGGGCAUCUUACGGUGCAGCUCUCCUUCUCAAGGAUUAUCUUGGAGGGGAAAGGUAUAAAGCAGAACAUGAAAUUUUAGGGAAAACAGUUAUCAUCACUGGGGCUAAUACUGGUAUAGGGAAGGAGACAGCCAAGCAAUUAGCCAAGAGAGGUGGACGGUUGUUGCUGGCAUGCAGAGAUUUAAAGAAAUGUGAAAUAGCAAGAAAUGAGAUCAUAGACGAAUCUUUCAACAAGAAUGUGGUCUGCAAGGAACUGGACCUUGCUUCAUGUGAAUCCAUCAGGAAAUUUGUUAAAACAGUUAAAGAUGAGGAGAAGCGCAUAGAUGUAUUGAUAAACAAUGCUGGUGUUAUGUCAUGUCCAAAACAACAUACUAGUGAAUUAUUUGAAUGGCAGUUUGGUGUUAAUUAUCUAGGACCAUUUCUUCUAACCAACUUGCUGCUGGAUAAGUUAAAACAAUCUCAGCAUGCCAGAAUAAUAAACCUGAUAAGUCCUGUGUAUAAAAGAACUGAAAUGAACUUUGAAGAUUUAAACAGUAUUAACUUUUACGAUCCUAAGGAAGCAUAUGCACAAAGUAAACUGGCUGUGAUGUUGUUUUCUCAAGAGUUAGCCAGAAGACUAGAAGGUUCUAAUGUGACUGUAAAUUGUGCUAACCCAGGAGUUUCUAAAACUGAGAUAGGACGUCAUCUUCCGAUGGGUCAGUCUAAGGUCUCUGGGGGUAUGCUGUCACCUAUCAUGUGGCUGGCCAUGAAAACACCUGUACAGGGUGCUCAGACGUCUAUAUUUCUAGCUGUUGAUCCAGGACUUGAAAAAGUUUCAGGGAAAUUAUUUACGAACUCUAAAGAAGAUUCUAUAGCGAAAUGUGCCCUUGAUAAGGAUGCUGCCAAACGAUUGUGGUUAAUUAGUGAGAAAUGGACAAGACUUUCCUCAUGACAUCAAAUAAUCACAGGAUUUUAAGCUCACGUGUCACAAAGUGACAAGGUGAGCUUUUGUGAUCGUGCGGCAUCCGUCGUCCGUGCGUCCGUAAACUUUUGCUUGUGACCACUCUAGAGGUCACAUUUUUCAUGGGAUCUUUAUGAAAGUUGGUCAGAAUGUUCAUCUUGAUGAUAUCUAGGUCAAGUUUGAAACUGGGUCAAGUGCAGUCCAAACCUAGGUCAGUAGGUCUAAAAAUAGAGAAACCUUGUGACCUAUCUAGAGGCCAUAUUUUUCAAUGGAUCUUCAUGAAAAUUGGUCAGAAUGUUCACCUUGAUGGUAUCUAGAUCAAGUUUGAAACUGGGUCACAUGCGGUCAAAAACUAGGUCAGUAGGUCUAAAAAUAGAAAAACCUUGUGACCUCUCUAGAGGCCAUACUUUUCGUUGGAUCUUCAUGAAAAUUGGUCAGAAUGUUCACCUUGACGAUAUCUAGUUCAAGUUCGAAACUGGAUCACAUGCCUUCAAAAACUAGGUCAUUAGGUCAAAUAAUAGAAAAACCUUGUGACCUCUCUAGAGGCCAUAUUUUUCAUGGGAUCUGUAUGAAAAUUGGUCAGAAUGUUCACCUUGAUGAUAUCUAGGUCAAGUUUGAAACUGGGUCACGUGCCUUCAAAAACUAGGUCAUUAGGUCAAAUAAUAGAAAAACUUUGUGACCUCUCUAGAGGCCAUAUUUUUCAAUGGAUCUUCAUGAAAAUUGGUCAGAAAUUUUUAUCCUGAUGAUAUCUAGGUCAAGUUAAAAACUGGGUCACAUGAGCUCAAAAACUAGGUCACUAUGUCAAAUAAUAGAAAAAACGAGGUCAUUCUCAGUUCAAAACUGGGUCAUGUGGGGACAGGUGAGCGAUUCAGGACCAUCAUGGUCCUCUUGUUAUAAAUAGUUAUGACAAUAUUUGAACUUAGACUAUACCAUGUAAUUCAGAUUUAAUUUAAUAAAUAUACAGUUGAAAGUCGACAUCUAGAACUUGCUUAUCUCAAAUUCUGGCUAUCUCAAAGACAUUUUUAAGUCCCGAUCCAAAUUUUAAAGUUGAAUUUCGUUAACUCAAAGUAAAAUGUUAGAUCCCUUUGAAUUCAAAAUACGGAGUUUCAGCUGUAUGUAUUUUCUUUUUAAAAAGAUUUUUUAACCAGUCUCUUUUCCUAUAUACAGGGAAGACUCAGCAUUUAAUAGUUUAGAAUUGGUACAGAUUCUGAAGAGCUAGCAAUUCUGUAACAACUAUAGACUGUAUGUUGUACAGAGGUUGUGACUGUACAUAUGCUUAUUAUGCACCCAUUCAAAGAAGAAGGAGUAUAAUUAUUGUUUUGCUCAUAGUUGUUCAGUCUGUCUGUCCAUCGGUACACCAUUUGGUUUCUGAUCAAUAACUAGAGAAGGCUUGGUCUCACAAUGGUCAAAUUGCUUAGGGUGAUUGCCUGUGGUCUGUAGAUGACCUCUGUUGUUUUGGGGUUCAGUAGGUGGAAGUUCAAGGUUACAGUAUCUUUGAGAUAGAAAAUGGUUUACGCUCAUGUUUUUGGGAUCAGCCUGUCAAAGGUCAAUAACUGAAGAACACUUUUGCCUCCAGUCAUCAGACUUCAUAGGAUAAUUGCCAGUGUUCAACAGAUGACCCAAAUUGUUUUGGGGUCAAAGGUCAUGGUCACAAUGAUACUGAGCCUGAAAACAGUUUCCUCUCAAUGACUAAAGAAUGCUUUUGUCUGCAGAUGUUAAAUUUCAUAAGGUGAUUGUCUUUGGUCAGUAAAUGACCCUUUUUGUUCUAGAGAUCAGUAGGUCAAAGGUCAAGGUGACAUUGACCUCUAGACUGAAAACUGUUUUGUUCAGUAACCUAAGAACCCAUUGACCUACUACUUUUAACUUCAUAGGAUGAUUGCCUGUGGUCUGUUAUGAUACCGCUACUGUUUUGGUGACGGAGGUAAAAAGUUAAUGGUCACAAGUACAUUGACAAUGAAAACAGUUUCAGCACAAUAACUAAGAAUGCUUUUGUCGCCAGGCUACAACUUCAUAAGAUGAUUAUUACCUGUGGUCAGAAGAUGAUGCGUUUUGUGUUGGGGAUCAGUAGAUCAAAAAGUAAGGUCAAAAUGAUUUCAGGACUGAAAAUGGGACUGGCUAUCACUGGGGGUGGGCAUACCUGUUUUACAAUUUAAAGGAACUUGCCUAAAUAGAUACAAGAUAUUUUUGUCCUUAACAGAGAUGUUACAGUAUGUCUGUAUCAAAUCUUUUCUAGAUGUCAUUAUAAGUUAUAACUGUGAUGCAUUGUUGUUUUAUUUAUGAUAUUGUAUAAUCAUAAGUUUAAAUAGUAGACAGGUGCUCAGAUACAUGAAAGUAAUUCCAGUUCCAAAAAUUUGAACCUUCUAAAUUUAGUCCAGUUGCUUACUACAUGUUAGUUUAUACUACUGGAUGCUAUGGAGGAGAAAGAAGUUACGGCGCUAAUUGCCAUCGAUCUCAGUGCCGCCUUUGAUACUGUAGACCAUGACAUUCUCGUUGAUGUGUUGAACAAGCAGUAUGGCGUUUGUGGAACAGCACUGAGCUGGGUUGAUUCCUGUCUGCGCCCAAGAAGUUGCCGUGUAUGUGCCAAUUCAGCCAUGUCCUUUCCACGCCAAUUACAUUGUAGAGUUCCACAAGGGAGUUGCUUAGGACCGUGGCUCUAUUUGAUAUAUGCGGGGACAAUGUUUGAUGUUAUUCGAUUUCAGUUUAUGGCUUUGCGGAUGACCACACUGCUAAUAAACGCUUUAAUCCAUCAUCUCCAACAGUCGAAUCCCAGGCAAUACAAGAACUUGAACAAUGUUCUUUAACAAUCAACAACUGGAUGAAUGAAAAUAAGCUCAAAAUGAACACUUCAAAAACCAAGUUCAUCAUGUUUGGUAGUAGGCAACAGCUCUCUAAGUGUGCAACUGACAAAAUAUGCAUUGUAGGUGAUAAGUGAAAUCAGUGACCUUUAUUCGAUAUCUAGGUGCAUACCGGGAUAAAAACUUGAAUCUAAAAGAGCAUGUAAAAUGAAAGUGUAGAACAGCAAUGCUCAACUACUUCAGAAUAAAAUGUAUCCGGAAAUAUCUUACCAAAGAGGCUGCCGAAACUCUUGCGCUGUCAUUGGUGAUAUCCCAUUUAGAUUAUUGCAAUGUCAUUCUGUAUGGUGUUGCUCAAAGCGAGGUAAACAAAAUGCAACAAAUUCAGAACAUGUGUGCAAAAUUUAUCCUAAAUCGAAGAAAAUAUGACAGUUCCAAGCAAGUACUCUAUGAUCUUCACUGGCUACCCAUCAAAGCCAGAAUCACAUUCAAAAUGCUCACCUACAUGUAUCAUUGUUCAGUUUGGAACUCUCCGGAAUAUCUUUCAGAACUUCUCACAAAACAAACACAGACAAGGAACUUGCGUUCUUCAAAUUCCGUUACUGGGUGUUUCGUUGUUCCUUUCAACAAGCGCAAAACGUUCAGCGACAGAAGUUUUGGUACUGUUGGACCUAAACUCUUGAAUGAAUUGCCUCUCGAAAUCAGGAACUCAGACACAUUAGAUGUUUUCAAAAGGAAGUUGAAAACUCAUUAUUUUGGGAAUCACUUUGCACUCUUUUAGAGACUGUGACUAUGAUUUUUUAAAAUAUUGUGGUAACAUGAACUGGAUGAUUUUCAUUGUGUAAAUUUAUUCGAAUAUGAACAAUUUUAUCACAAAUACAAAAAUACAGUCGUUUGUAAUAACAUGUGGACAUGUCACAAUAGCUCACUUCUACUUACUUACUAACAAAACAGCUAUCUUACCGUAUCUUAAUAUUCUAAUAUUUUAUUAAUUUUAUCUGAUGCCUGAUCUUUUGUUUAAUACUUACUAAAUAGUUUAUUCACAAUGAUAUUUAUGCUCAUUUAUUUCAUACAUCUUUAAAAUGUCUUAAUUUUUAGACGUAAUUUUUUUAUGUUUGUAAAACGCCAUUGAAUAUGUUUUACGUAAAAAUAGGUGUUUAAUCAAAUAAAACAGUUUCAAUUUCA